UCGGGUGGGAGAAAACCCGGGCUGGUUUCAAAAGGAAAGCCGCGUGUGCUUCAGGAGGCUUUUUAAAAAUUUUUUUUUUAUUUUUUUGGGAGGCUGUGCCGCUGUGCGGCGGGAUGUAAACAGCCGGGGGCGAGUCUUUAUCAUCACAGAAACAUCCAGCGGGUGGGGUGGGCGCUGCUGGGCACAGGAAACGCUGCGGAGCGAACGCGGGCGGCCGAGGCAGCGGCACCCGGCUCCGUCCUGGGGCGCUCAGGGCGCUCUUUGGGGUACCAGGCACUUGAAGGAUUUCCAGGAUGCGCUCCCCUCGUAGCGGAGCAUUGCUCAAAGCUGCGAAGAGCUCGGCGGAUUAAAUCCUGCUCCCACAAGUUUGGAGGAGCUGAAGGAAGCAGCGCAUCUCCCCGGGCCGCCUUUCCCGCAGGAAUUCCUCUUCUGGGAACCGCAGCGGGGUCGAGCUGAGCCCCCUCCCCUGCGCCUGGAGGCAGAGCGAAACCUCCUCUCCUUCCCAAAGGCGAUUUUUCAGAUCAAGGACGCGCGGCUCGGCCUCGCCAUGGCCACGGCGGUGACGGAGAAGCUGAGCCAGCUCUUCACCAACGUCAGGCAGCUGCCUCAGCUGCUGGGGCCGCCGUCGCCGGGCACGGUGAGCAGCGCCGAGGUGCCGCCGGUGUUUUGGAAGCCCUACAUCCACGGCGGCUACCGGCCCCUGCGCCGGCCCUGGCGCUACUACUUCUCCACGCUCUUCCAGCAGCACAACGAGGCCGUCAACGUGUGGUCGCACCUGGCGGCCGCGCUGGCGCUGCUGCUGCGCCUGCAGCGCCUCUGGCAGCGCGUGGACUUCGGGCAGGACGCGCACGCCCGGCCGCUGCUCCUCAUCCUGGCGGCCUCCAUCACCUACCUGAGCCUCAGCAGCCUGGCGCACCUGCUGCAGGCCAAGUCCGAGUUCUGGCACUACGGCUUCUUCUUCCUGGACUACGUGGGGGUGGCCGUGUACCAGUACGGCAGCGCCCUGGGUCACUUCUACUACGCCAUCGAGCCGGGCUGGCACCGGCGCGUCCGCGGCUUCUUCCUGCCGCUGGCGGCGGCGCUGGCCUGGCUGUCCUGCGCCGGCUCCUGCUACGCCAAGUUCCGCUUCCACCCGCGCUGCCCGCUGCCCGGCCGCCUGUGCCAGGAGCUGCCCUCGGGGCUGGCCUACGCGCUGGACAUCAGCCCCGUGCUGCACCGCAUCUGCACGGCCGCGCGCCCCGACCCCGCGCUGCUCUACCACCGGUGCCAGGUGCUCUUCUUCCUCCUCGGGGCCUUCUUCUUCUCGCACCCCUACCCCGAGAAGUGGUUCCCCGGCAAGUGUCACUUCUUGGGGCAGAGCCACCAGAUCUUCCACGUGUUCCUGGUGCUGUGCACGCUGGCGCAGAUCGAGGCCGUGGUGCUGGACUACGAGUCCAGGAGGGAGAUCUACUCCUCCCUGCAGGGCAGCCCGGCUCACGACUUCUCUGCCCUGUUCCUGCUCACCGUCACCUGCUCUGUGCUCACUGCCACCUACAUGGCCCACAGGGUGAAGAACAAGCUGGGCCUCAAGGAAGAGUAAAGAAAAAAUGAGCUCAGCCCAAAUGCAGCCCCGAGCCCCCAGAUGCUGCUUCACAAACUGUUACUCAGCAAGUGCUUUCUGUAGGGAACGAGAGAUGCUUUUAAUGCUUUUUUAAUGCUUUUUUAAUCCAGCCUAAGUUCCAGCUUGCUCACAGAAUGGUACACGGGGUCAGUUCACCUCUGAAUAAACAGUUGGAACAAAGA